ACCGUUUGGGCAGCAUGUCGAGCCGUCAUCUUUGGAUGUAUUGUGAUUGCAGUGGGGCUGGCAAUGACAGUACUGGGAUAUUUCGACAAACAAUUCUCUGAGAGAACUGAAGUCAUAGAUGGAACAGUCAGCGUCUACCAUGAUCGAGUUGUACAAUACCAGUUAAAAAGCAUGCAGUACUUAGGGCCAAUUUUAAUGGGUAUUGGUUCCUUCAUCUUAAUCAUUGCCUGCGUUGUAACUUUGGAAAGCCGAGAUAAACAUGCACAGGUGAUCACGGAAGAAUCAAUGUCAUUCAAGCGAAAACGACUUAUGUCAAUCGAGGAGCGAGCCGAAUUGUCGGCAAAUGAGGUUGUGCUAAGCAAAGACUCUCCGAUCACUCCUACUGAAGUUUCUGAAGUUCAAACAACGAACCAGUUCAGCAUAAAUACUUUGGCUGAGGUUCAUCGCCCACGCAUUUCUCCUAAUGCUCCGCUAGCGGAAAUGGACUCCCUGGUAAAUUUUUAA